ACAUUUCAUAUGCAGUAAGGAUCCCCUGUGUUUGCCUCUCCUCAGGUCGGAGGACACACCAUGCUACCUAUCCGCUGGAUGCCCCCAGAGAGCAUCAUGUACAGGAAAUUCUCCACGGAAAGCGACGUCUGGAGCUUUGGAGUCAUCUUGUGGGAGAUCUUCACCUAUGGGAAGCAGCCUUGGUUUCAGCUGGGCAACAACGAGGUUAUUGAGUGCAUAACCCAGGGUCGGGUGCUGGAUCGGCCACGGAUUUGUCCCAAGGAGGUUUACGACAUCAUGCUGGGCUGCUGGCAGAGGGAACCGCAGCAGCGACUGAACGUUAAGGACAUUCAGAAGGUCCUGUUCGCCAUGGGGAAAGCCACGCCGGUGUACCUGGACAUCCUGGGCUAGCAUCGGCCCGAGAACGACUCACACGAAUCCAGGAAUAACCAAACCAACCUACUCCACUGUCGAACAACACCUACAAUGUUUGGGAAGGACUUAAGUGCCUGCAACACUUUUGGAUAUAGUGGAUAAAACAUAUUCAAAAAACACGCACUUUUACAUUUUGUUUACUUCCGUAUAAGAUGUACAGGUUCGAAGAAGACUUCUUUUUUCUUUUUUCCCCCGAAAAACUGCAAAAAUACACAAAAAUGGAGAUGGGAGUAAAGUGGACUGGCAAUAGGAACAAGGCCACUGUUUGAUUAUAUUAUGGAGAGGACACACAUCAGAAUUAAAAUCUAUCCUGGGUUUGGUUUUAUGAAUAUAUAUAGAAAUAUUACAUAUAUUUUAUAUUUAUUUCUUUUUGUCAGGCUUGAAGUGUCUGCCGAUAGUGUUGCAUUAAGGGCUCGGCCCUGUCCCAAGACGUCACCGACAAACUAUUGGGCGAUUGGACGAUGGCAGCCUUACUUGCACUCUGAUUGGCUGGCUUUGACGUUUCAAUGGGAACUCUUCGUAUGUGGAAUAACACUGGAUGGUUGAAAAAAAUCAAAAAGGAGCGCUCUUUAGAGGACCUACCCAAUCAGACAACCGACAAAUCUAUUUUAAUUUAAAAAUAAUGUACAUAUUGUAAAAUUAUAUGUGUCAAAAUUAUGUUAACUUAUUUUUUUCGGGUGUUAUUUUGGUUAUUUUUCUGACUGUGAUCUGGGUGGCUAAAGUAUAAAGCUAUGGUAUUUGUUUUCAUCCUAAACUAGAGGCGAUUUCUCUUGGGAUAUACCUGUGUUGGUGCUGGUAAGUUGUCUUUUGUGGUGAAGCUGAAGGGCAGUUUGAAAAAUCAGCUGACUGUGAAUCACAGAGACUCUGAGCCAUCGACACGACACUUUUCCAAAGAGGUGAUGAAGCCUCUUGAUCACUUCCCACUUCAUAUGCUUUUUAUGGAAAGAAUAAUGUGUUGAAAAGUAAAAUCCUACACCACAUCCUUCAAAUACAUUCACACGCUUUGAGAAACUGUCCUGUCACUUUUAGGCGUUUUGGUGUGAAACUGCUUCUCCACGCUUAAGAAAACACUUUUUGUAAUUGAAAAUGAAUGAAAAGUUAUUUCCUUUCUUGCUGAGAAUUUGAUAAGAUCAAUACCACUAUUGUUUCAGUGUGAUCAAGAUUUAGCUCAAGAGAUGUUAGCUUAGCAUCAAGACUGAAAAAGGGGAGUUAGCUAAGAAUUAGCAUGCCUGUCUUUAUCCAUAGGUAACAAAAACCACCUACCUGUAAAUGUUAUUUCAUAAUUUCUGCGUUACGUCGUCCUCGUAUCAUUACCUGAUGCUAAGCUAAGCUAAUCUUAUGCUUGGCUAAGCUAACCAGGUAGCCCUUAAUUUACCUUACAGACACAAGAGUGGUAUCAAUCUUCUCGUUCACCUGUUGGCAAGAAGACAGGUGAGCUCAUUUCUCAAUAUCUCAUUAAAAACACCUUUGAGGUUAAUACCAAGAGGAUCCUGUCACUUCACAAGAGAGAAAAGAAACAAAAUGGCUGCUUAACACUCUGAGACCCACUGGGCCGUAUACGAUCCCAGAUAUCAAGCCGUCUUCGAAGCAUAACUCAUGAACAGAAGAAGUUAGAAGCUUCUUAUCACUUCUGGCACAAUCCCAACGAAUGUGUGACAUUUUCUGUGUUGAAUGUUUUUUCCAAUAUUAUGGUUCGAAGUUCUGUUUUAAUAAAAUAAGUUAAAGAUUCAAGCUCCAUUUUUAGUUAUUUUUAUUUUAUGGUCAAAUAUCCCCUAUUAUAGUGUAUAGAAGUAUUUAAUGAGUAACAUAUAACAUUACCUGAGGUUGUGCUGAUUUCUUGGAUGUGUAGACAAAAACACAAAUAUACAAAAACGGAAAUGUCCUAUUGUGGGUCUCAGAGGGUUAACUUGCAUUUGUUUCAAACAAAAAAAUAUAUACACACACAGUUUGUAUGAUCCUGUUUCUUUCCCGUCAGCUGUACUUGACUUACAGUCAAUGUUCCUUCCUUGAACUCGUGGCCUUUGCAUGUUUAGCAGAGAAGAGGUUUGACACCUUCUAUGCUUUGAUAACAUUCUGUUAAAUCCAGAGAGAAGCCACUGAAGCAGGUCAAUGUGUUAAUGUAUGCCAGUCAUUUCAAAUAAUAAUCACUAAAGUGGAUCAGCUAUCUCUAUGGUAUUGCCCUCUCCAUCAUUUUGUUGUUGUUAAUUACAGUAAAAACUGAACUGAAGAGUUUUGUUCCAAAAUGUGACAGAAAACGAUGACCCCCAAAAAGCUUGACAGAAACAACAACAAAAACUUAAACCAAAUGAAAUUAUUUUAAAUGACUCUUUCCUAAUUGAAUGCUGAAUUUGAGUUCAUUUUUACCGAGUGGAUUCUGAUUCCUCAGGCAACGAUUUUCCUUUACGUUGUAUCUGGAUAUUUAGCAUUUUGGACUGAAACUCUUCACAUCUCUUUCUUAUUAUCCUGAUAUGAAUUCUUAUAGUUUCACAGUGUUGUCUCCCCUCCCUUUGGGACUAUGUAAAUCAUUAAUCAGUUAUUUUGAGUAUUUUAAAUGGAAGACAGGAUCAAAUCCAACGAGUUACCCAAAGCAUUGAGUUUUUGUGAUUUCUCUUGUGGUAAAGAUAAACGCUUAAAGACAGACCGUGAGCAUUCGCAGGGUAUUGUAAUCCUUUCAUGGUGAGUUCAAUAUUGUUUAAAACGUUUUUUCUUUUUUCUUUUCUUGGAUGAACUAACGGAACACUUUUUGAAGCAAAGUUGGCAUAUUACCAUGUACACAUGUUACAGAAUAUAAAAAUGUGGUAUAACAACUGCAGUAUAUAAAAUACUGGUAUUCCAUGAUAGAUCUUUGUAUUAAUGUGACUCUCUUAAGAAAAUGUCUUCAAACAAUCAGACGAUCUCCUUUUCCAUUUUGUCCUGUCUUAUAAAG